AUGGACUCCAGGUCCUACGAAUCCCGAGCUUUAGAAUUACCAGGAGAUCUUGGCGGAUCCUGUGAUCCCGUGCAGAUCAAAGCGCUCAAACUCCAAGAACACGAGCAUGGUGAGACAACCCCGGCUAUCGCCUACAAAAAGAACCCACUUCCGAUAUUUUCAAGUUUCGUUGAGGUCAAGGAUCUAAUGACACAUGGGUCAACUGAGUUGACACUUCAAAAAAUGGCCGAAUGUUGGCGAGCAGGUGUGGGAAGUUCCAACUUUGUCAUUUCUCACGCUAAUCGUCUGAAAAAAAUAAAUAGUUACCUUCGGUGCCUUAACACGACAAAAGACAUUCCAGAAGCGAAGCGUCUCAUCUCCGGCGCCGGUGACGAUGUUUUCACCGUCCGGACUGACCGCCAGAUAGAGAACGCGAUAGGAGUGGCCUGUGAGUUUGGCCAACUGAGUGAGGGAUGGGUAGCGCCAGACGAGGAUCUGGUUCUGUGA